AUGAAAAGUGAUCAAAAAGACAUUAGUGAGGUUCUGGAAAGUGCCAAAUCGGCAUCCCUGUCGUUGGCUAAAGCCGCGCCCACUGACAAUAACGAGAACAAGGACAUCACAUACCCACUUUCUGAUGAUGUCCUUUCGAGUGAUCAAAAGGAAUCUACUGAUAAAACAUCACAAACGACACCUAAACGUAAAGAUGGUGAGAUAAACUUGCAAAUUCCACUGCAAACCUCAAGCGUGCUGUUAGAACAGGCGUCAAACAACGAAAUGAGUGAUCUUGUGCAUGAAAACCAGGAGGAGGUUCCACGUGAAGUGGAAAACAAUGUUCAACAAACUGAGAGUGCCCAAAUUCCAGAAGAAGUAGAGAGCGUACCUACAGACGAAAUAGCUUUUUUUAUCAAUCAAGAUCAAAAUAACGAUAUCAAAAUUGACGUUCUUUCAGAUGAUGAGAUUGACGUAAAGGACGUUCCUUCUGAUGAUUCCAGUAGUGAUAGCAGUGACAAUAGCUCUGGAGAAAGUGAUAGCGAUCUGGAUGACAGUGACGACGAAAAUGGAAAUGAUAAUGACGGUAAUGAAGGUUGUGUUGACGAGGAAGAGGACACAACUGAUGGACCCAUCAAGUCUAUAAACGAGGUUACAAAUGAAAAAGUUCCUACACUACCUGAGAACUACACGGUUCCCGAAAACGCUCCAAUUGAAGAGAUUGGCGAAAUUACUGGUCUUGUUGAUAGAUCCAUCAUCAUCAAGGCAAAAACAUCCGGCGAAUUUCGCAUUUUAAAAGAAGGUUCGGUCUUGUGCCUAGAAGACAAAACUCUCAUUGGUUUGUUGUAUGAAAUUUUUGGUAGAAUCCAGCUGCCUAUCUAUACCGUGAAAUUUAAUCUGGAUGAAGAAAUCGAAAAGUUCAAAGGCACGAAGGGGAAAGCUGUGUAUUAUGUUGUUCCUGAUUCACAAUUCUUAUAUACCGACACAAUCAAGCAUAUCAAAGGAAGUGACGCUAGCAACUGUCAUGAUGAAGAGCUCCCUGCGGAGGAACAAGAAUUUUCAGACGAUGAACAAGAGUUGGCAGCAAAGCAAGCCAAAAAGAGGAAGAAGAACAAAAAUAAAGUUGUCCAAAAGGAAAGAGAUCAGCCUAGUGUGAGUGUGCACAAGGCACAUAUUCCAGCAUACUCGUCAAUUACAUCAUCGAGGUCAACUGACGCGACGAGACGGGCUCAUCUUCACAGUCAAACCCCGGCUUGGACCAACCAAUCUCAUCAGGUUAGCGUUCCACCAACACUUCAAACUUACCAACAAGCUCAACUGUACUAUGCACAACAAAACCACUAUGGCUCACCUUCGCCGUAUAACCAGAACACAAUAUAUGGCCACCCACAACCAACACAAUACCAGCGGUACCUGCAAGGCUUUGGUGUGCCACCUCCACCUUCGCAAUACGGGCUAGCGCCGGUUCAACUUCAACCAGGUGUUCCUCAAUAUGGAAAUACAUCCUAUCAACCGACUCCUCAACAUCAAACUCAACACUUUGCACCUCAGGUGAAUGUGCCGCAUAAUUCUCAGCAAAAUGUUGAUCCAGCUCAAUUGGCUCGUCUACAAGAGUUGUUGAUGCAACAAAUGCAGAAUCUACAACAUCCUCCGCAAAAUCAGUAA